CAGAGGAAACGUCAGUAGCACGUCCACGCCUCUCUUUACUGGAUCGCCGAGAUGAAAAAGAGGCGUACAGUCACGGUUACCCAACGCUUCUUGCUUCUCGUUUGUGGCUAUACGUGUUUAUAUGAUCCCUCUACCACGUUUCGGGUAACUAGGAGCAACCGGCCGGUUAAUCCAACGCUAGUUCUUGUCCGUCCGCAAACCCAAAACUUCUGACAGUUCAUAUGCCCCCCCGGCUGCUCCCGCCCCUUUCGUUCAUCAAGUCAACUUACAACACAAAACUUUGACUUCCAAGGGGAAAACACACCAUGGCUCUAAUCACACGCUCAGCCGUACCCGAAGGCCCCCAUCCUUGGAGGUUCUGACGCCCAAUCCCAGUCAUCUCUAAUACCGCCGUGUCACUGUCACCGUCCCCCACCAGCUUCACCACCACACGCACCAUGGCCAUCAUCCCCAACUACGCCCUCCCCUCCACCGAGCUCAUCAUCCCCGACAACCCCUUCCUCCGCGCCGCCAAGCUCGGUUCCGCUCCCCAGCCGCCCGCCCACGAAGACCCCGAAGAACGCCCCCAACUCCGCGUCGCCGCUCUGAUCUCCAACCACCGCUGGAAAGCCGGCAUCCGCGGUCCCUUGCGCCCGCUUCCCCCGCGCUCCGAAGACGUCCAGGGCGCCUACUGGUAUCACGACUGCCCUUACUUUAAAUCCAAAACGCACUGGGUCGAGCGACCACUUCAUUUGCGCCUUGAACCACCCUUCACCGCCGCCGAGCAGGGCGAGGUCAUGCCAGUCGAACUCUGCGACCUAGGCUGCGGCUACCUCGCCCCGCGUGACACCGUUCUCUACAACUCCAAGCGGGUCAUGGUCGAGACCCUCGAAGGGUUCAACUUGCUACCGGGGCGCUUCGACGAUUGGUUCCUCUCCUGCUGCCAGUGCGGAAACUGGGAGUUGAAUUUGCUGAAGGAACACCCGUCGGCGCAGGAUUCGCAUGUGAAAAGGAAAGUGGUUGGGUAUAAUUGCUGUGAACACUGCGAACGGCCGGAUGAGAAUAGGUGUGACUUGUGUUUCAGCCUGACGAAGUACUUGGAGGCGAAUUGUUGGCGGAGUGGGGAGCCGGUUCCCGGGGGUGUGAAGUGGAGGCAUGAGAGGGCGAGGGUGGAGAGGAAGGAGGGGAGGGGGAGGAGUAGGGGGAUGAGUACGGGUAUGACUGCGGCGGGGCCGUUGGCUCUGGCCGCGGUACCUGUGUCGGCGACGGGGACGGUGUUGGGGACGGUGAUGGAGUUUGCUAAUGGGGAGGAUGAGGGGUGGGUAGGGUAGAUGGAUUGGAGAGAUGCAUUGGAAGAGCUCCGGAAGACACAAGGUAAACUUUCCUGUGCGCUCCUUUCUCUUCCAUCGCUGUUUCCUCUUUUUAUACUAGAUUGACCACUCAAAAUGGGCAGUGACCACCCAAAACCCCAUAUCAACAGUUCUUGUCAUUUACCUCUAGGGGAAUGGUUUACGAGCGUGGUUCUUUUUUGUUUACUCAAUCCUAAUCAGGAACUAAAAAUUCA